CCGGCUGCAGCCGCCGUGCAGCUCCGGGCUUCGCAGGGGGAAACGCUCGCCUCGCCGGUCCUCAUCCGUGUUAAGUACCGUCCGUCCGGGACACCACGAAGAUGGCACCAGUUGGGGGCAAAAAGGCCAAAAAGGGCAUCCUAGAACGGUUAAACUCUGGAGAGGUCGUGAUUGGAGACGGAGGUUUUGUCUUUGCACUGGAGAAGAGGGGCUAUGUGAAGGCAGGGCCCUGGACCCCAGAAGCUGCUGUGGAACACCCAGAAGCAGUUCGCCAGCUUCAUCGAGAAUUCCUCAGAGCUGGAUCGAAUGUCAUGCAGACCUUCACCUUCUAUGCCAGUGAAGACAAGCUGGAGAACAGGGGAAACUAUGUUGCAGAGAAAAUAUCCGGGCAGAAAGUCAAUGAAGCUGCUUGUGAUAUUGCCCAGCAAGUGGCUGAUGAGGGAGACGCCUUGGUGGCAGGAGGCGUGAGCCAGACACCUUCGUACCUUAGCUGCAAGAGAGAAACUGAAGUCAAAAAAGUCUUCCAGCAACAGUUAGAGGUCUUCAUGAGGAAGAACGUGGACUUUUUGAUCGCAGAGUAUUUUGAACACGUUGAAGAGGCUGUAUGGGCAGUUGAAGCCUUGAAAGCAUCUGGGAAACCGGUGGCAGCGACCAUGUGCAUCGGCCCAGAGGGAGAUUUGCACGGCGUGGCCCCUGGCGAGUGUGCAGUGCGUCUGGUUAAAGCAGGAGCUUCCAUCGUUGGCGUGAACUGCCAUUUUGACCUCACAACUAGCUUACAAACAGUGAAGCUCAUGAAAGAAGGCUUGGAGGCUGUGGGACUGAAAGCCCACCUGAUGAGUCAGCCCUUGGCCUACCACACUCCGGACUGCGGCAAACAGGGAUUUAUCGACCUGCCAGAAUUCCCCUUUGGACUGGAGCCCAGAGUUGCAACCAGAUGGGAUAUUCAAAAAUACGCCAGAGAGGCCUACAACCUUGGGGUCAGGUACAUAGGUGGGUGCUGUGGAUUUGAGCCCUACCACAUCAGGGCGAUUGCAGAGGAGCUGGCCCCGGAAAGGGGAUUUUUGCCACCAGCUUCAGAAAAACAUGGCAGCUGGGGAAGUGGUUUGGACAUGCACACCAAACCCUGGAUUAGAGCAAGGGCCAGGAAGGAAUACUGGGAGAAUCUUCGGAUAGCCUCAGGCAGGCCGUACAACCCUUCUAUGUCAAAGCCGGAUGCCUGGGGAGUGACCAAAGGAACAGCCGAGCUUAUGCAGCAGAAAGAAGCCACGACCGAGCAGCAGCUGAGAGAGCUCUUUGAAAAACAGAAGUUCAGAUCUGCAUAAUCGCCUCAGCGGAACCCAUUUUCAGUGACUUCCUCUAUGUUUGGAAGUCUAUGUUUGGGCCACAGUUCCAAAAAUAAGGAAAAGAUGGUUAAAAGGCAAUGCUUCUAUGAACCCCAGCCUACAUGUAAAGAUUGAUAUUAGCUGAACAAAACAAUUACAAAUAGUACUUGACAAUUUAAAAAAGUAUAUAUUUAGAACUUGAAAGCAAAAUAAAUAAGAAGCAAAUAUUAAACAGGUUUACUAAGCACCCACCAUGUACACGGUAUUAAGGAAAUCACUGUGGCCAAGGAAAAGUAAUUUGGACAUUAGUCCCACUUCAAGAAGUUUGCAGGCUAGUAAGGAGGAUGAGAUGUGAGCUGUCAUAAAUGGCUGAGCAACCAGACGGGGACAGACAAAGUGCUAUAGGAAAGUGACUUCCAAGCUCUUCUGAAGAUGACCCUUCAUAAGAAACACAAUUUAUAUUGAUAUAAUGACCCAGUAAAGUACAUGUACAACCAUUGAAAUAAAAUGUGAUCCAUUCUGG